AUGGUUGUCUGGGUGCUGGUUAUCGAUCCCCCGGUUUUAAAUCGUCCGACUUGGACCCUAGCUCCACUAGAGGGCCCCGUCGUAGAAAAAACGGUUCAUUUCCUACCGUUCGUGCCUAAUUCUCGGCCCUUUCGGUUGAAGACCGGCUACAGUUCCUCUCUUAGCUGUUUGAGGGUGCUCUAUCACACUACAUACUACCUCGGGAUUAAGAUCUAUUCCGAGUCAAUACGUGGAUAUCUCCUACGACUAUCCAAGCUCAAACACCUAACUAGAAAGGCUUACCUACGGUAUAAGGGUCCCGUACUAGGAAGACGACCGGGCCUACCCGACCCCUCUCUAAGGACGACCAACUUUUAA